GUAAACAAAUCUGAAGCCAGCAAGAAACAUAGACUCAAUCUGCUUCAGGCAUGAGCGGCUGACUACAGACGCUUUGCAGGUGGUGAUAGGUCCUGAUUUUUAAACAAGACAGACACCCUCCUGACCGAACAGCCCUCCUCAGUGUUGCUCUGCGCCACAGCGGUCUGUUUCCCCAGCCAUGCCUCAGGAAGGAAAGUCAGACAUGGAGAGGAUCGGUCUCUUCCGGGAGAUGGGCUACAUCUCCAUUGGAGACAAGUACACCUCCCCCUACAACAGGCCCUUCAAUGAAUCUGCCCAGAAGAGCAAGCAGAUGAUGCCAGGCGGCACCAAAGUGAAGUCUGCCCUACAGGUGGGCUAUUUUGACUCCCAGUACAAACGAAUCUUUGAGAAAGAGGCCUACAGCGACCCGAUCAAGCUCCGCAGACAGUUCCGGCUGCAGCAGUCCAAGAAGAACGUGGGAAAGGCCUUUCUUCCCAGCAACGGAGAGAAGAAACCGUCAGGACUUGGCAGCUGCUAUGGAACACUGUCUGGCCCUGUUGCAGCAAUGAGUGCACUGCAGGUACCCAAGAAGCCCUACAAGUCUCCAGGAAAGAACAUCUUAACUAACCCCUUAAAAAUGGGAACUGGAUACGGGUAUCCCAAUGUCACGUUGUCUAAACAGUACCCAUACACUGCUGACCCUUUUGAUAGAGCGAGAGAAAUCAGGAAGAAAGAGGUGGCAGCGCACAGGUCCAUGCUCAAGGGAGGAGCCUUUCGUUUAAACCUUUACCCAAAGGAGGUUUUCGAUACCAAUCCCUACAAGUUCGAUAAACCCCUGCCGCCUGUAAAGAAACCAGAAGAGAAGAAGAAAGGGACACCGCCAUUUAAGCCAAGCUCGCCCGCCAAAAAGAUUGGUGGUAUGAAAUCAGGGACAUUCGAUCCUUAUCCCUCCCACUCUGCAGACCUCUACAUCGUGAAGAAGCCCAAAUUUGCCACAACCAACAAGGAGGGGAAGAUAUUCCACCCAUCGCCUGGACCUAAGAGCAUGCCUGUGAAAAGCAUCAUCACAGCUAACGUCAACAAAUCAGUGCAUGCUGGGAACUACAUGAGCAUACCUGCUGUCAUGGCAUACUGAUCCCCAGACUCCUGGGAUUGUUCUGAAGAAGACGUGGCCACAGCAAUCACCUCUUCCUCUUGCUCACGUGGACCUUUCUCCUCCACUCCCCACAGUGAAAGAGUGUCAGUUAAACCACUUCAGUCAGUGGGAGACUGUUUCACUUUAUUUAUUCAAAUAAAGUUAUGUUUUAAAGAGUA